AUUCAAUUCCAUGUUCGAAUCCGCGCUACCUUCAGUUGGAGGAAUCUCUCCCGCUUUCCUUUCUAGGGUUUACUUUUCGGCCCCCUCCCUAAACGGCGCUUGCUAGGGUUUAUCGUCCCUAUGGCAUCUCCUGACCAAGAUGCAAGUAAGGACAGCGCCCAGAAUCAGUCAUCUGCCUCUGGCGAGGAGGCGGAUCCGCCGGAGGAAGAGUCAACUCCGGUUGGAGAGCAGCUGACGCAGAAGAAGAGGGGCAAGAAGAGGAAACGAGAGGAAAAGGAUGGAAAGAGGAAGAAGGCAGCGCAAACGGCUUCUCCUUCGGAGAGGCCAUCAAGAGAGAGGAAGUCUGUUGUCAGGUACUCGGCGACAGCAUCACGGAGUAUAUCAGCAACCAAGGCUUUGAAGAUUCAGCAGGGUCCCGGGGAGAUGCUCAAGGACAUUCCAAAUGUGACUUUCAAACUAUCAAAAAGAAAGUCUGAUGAGAGUCUCCGCCUUCUUCAUAAAAUUCUUUUCGGAAGAAAAGCUAAUGUACAUUUUCUGAAGAGAAAUAUUCUGCAAUUCUCUGGUUUUGUUUGGUCCCAGAAUGAGGAGAAGGAAAGGUCAAAAGUUAGGGAAAAACUAAAUAAGUGCAACAAAGAAAGGUUGCUGGACUUCUGUGAUCUGCUAGAUGUAUACACUUUAAAAAUUACCACUAAGAAGGAGGAGAUCUCAGCAAAACUAUUGGAAUUUUUGGAAUCUCCGCAUGUUACUAGAGAAGUUCUACUUUCUGAGAAGGAUACGAAAGGCAAAAAACGUAGACGGGUGGCAAAAGGAACUCAGGAAAGACCACUCGAGGAAGCUUCAUCAGAUAAAGAAAACACGAGACCUAAAAAUGAUAACAAACAUGAAGCCAAGAAAGCACGUAAAAAACUUGCUAAAGGUUACAAAGAAGAUCAAGGUAAGGGUGGCGGCUCAAUUGACAUAAAUGAUGAAUCUGAAGAUAAAAAGCAUGAUGCAGAGGAAACUGCUGAACAUUCUAAUAGUGAGACAGAAGAUGAGGACAAUGAUGAGGACAAUGAGCAUAAAGUGCCUGAAUCAAUUAAAACGUCGUCAGAUGGGGAGGAGAUGGAUGAAGACGAGAAACCUAAAUCCAAAGUGAAAUCCCCAUCAGUGAGAAAGACCUCUCGUGCCAAAUCUAAAAAAGGUUCAUCGUCUGCUGCUUCAAAGAAGGCGGGUGCUGAAGAUGAGGCAAAAGUCUCUUCAGAGAGUAAACCAAGUAAGGCUAGCAAGGGUAUUUCAAAGACAGAGAAGAAAUCAACAACCAAAAAGCAUUCCAAGGAUAAUUCUACCGGAAAGGCUCCCCAAAAGAAGGUUGAAGCUGACUCUGGUUCUGCUUUAUCCCAUAGAUCAAAAAAAGUUACAGAGAAAGGAAAGAGCAAUGCCAGAACUGUCUCGAAAGAUAAGCAGGAGAACAAGAUUGAAAAAGCCGCAGCAAAAGACGUGAAUGAAAACAAGAAAAAAAUUACAAAGAGUGCAUCAAAAGAUGUGAAAGAAAACAAGAAACAAAUUGCAAAGACAAAGUCGAAAAAUGUUGCCAAGAAUAAAGGGAAACCAGUGGAUGAUUUUGGUGAACCGAGCACAGAACAGUUGCAUGCUGUGGUCAGUGAGAUACUGAAAGAAGUAGACUUUAAUGUUGCAACCCUGGCAGAUAUUAUUAGGCAAUUAGGUGCUCAUUUUAAUACUGAUCUCAUGGAUAGAAAAACAGAAAUAAAAGGCAUUCUUGAAGAAGUGAUUAAUAAUAUGAGCGAUGAUGAAGAUGAUGAGGAUGAUGAUGGUAAGGAGGAAUGAGGUGAGAAGAAUUGAGGAUGAUGGGGUUGACUUUGUAACAUUUUUUUUUCCCACUGUAAUUUUCGUUAAUUAGGAUGCAUGGUUUAGACUAUGCUAUGCUAUGUUUGCUUCAUUGAUGCUCUAUCACAUGCUUUCUUUUUAUUGUUUGAAUUUUAUUUCCCACUGUACAUCACUACAUUAGCUUUUACGAUUUUUCCCCCCCUUGACUUUUGGUUUAUAGCAUAUCUUCUCUUUAUUCA